CGCUCGUCCCAAACAGAAACAGAAACGCUCCGGCCCGCCAGUUGAUCGCGAUUCGGUGUAGUGGUCAGUGCUUCCGCUCCCUCCCCCGCCCCGCUCCCCGCCGCCGGGAAACCUAACCUCAAACCCAUGGCGGCCACCAAAACAUCCCUGGAAAAGCUCUCCAAGACCGACACGAUACACCUGCGCAAACGGCAUGUUGGGCAAGCAUGCAAAUUAUUUUACAAACAUGAUCCUUUGAAAAUAGUCCGAGCGGAAAGACAGUAUAUGUAUGAUGAAAAUGAUGUACAGUAUUUGGAUUGUAUCAACAAUGUUGCACACGUUGGCCAUUGUCAUCCAGAGGUAGUUAGAGCUGCAUGCGAUCAGCUAAGUAUCCUGAACACAAACAAUAGGUUUCUGCACGACAAUCUAGUGAUCUGCGCCAGAAAGCUGACCAGCAUCCUCCCGGAACCACUCUCGGUUUGUUUCCUCGUCAACUCCGGCUCAGAAGCCAACGAUCUCGCCCUCCGAUUGGCCAGGAUACACACCAAACAUCAUGACGUCAUCACAGUUGACCAUGCAUAUCACGGUCAUCUGACAUCCCUAAUCGACAUUUCACCGUACAAAUUCAACCUUCCCGGUGGAACAGGGAAACCUUCAUGGGUCCAUGUCGCGCCAUGUCCAGACACGUACAGAGGAAAGUAUCGGGCCUCCGAUUAUCCGCCAGGGACAGACCUGGGCGCCAAGUAUGCCGACGAUGUCCGUCUCCUCAUCAAAAAGGCUGUCGAUAGCAACAGGACGAUAUCAGCCUUCUUCGCCGAGAGUCUCAUGAGCUGUGGAGGACAAGUCAUUCUGCCUCCGAAUUACUUGAGAAAUGUUUAUAGGUAUGUGAGGGAGGCUGGAGGUGUUUGCAUCGCCGAUGAAGUACAAGUAGGUUUUGGCCGUGUUGGGAAGCACUGGUGGGCCUUCCAACUUCAAGGAGAUGAUGUCAUUCCUGAUAUCGUUACUGUCGGAAAACCAAUGGGUAACGGCCACCCUGUAGCAGCUGUAAUCACAACUCGUAGCAUAGCAAAUAGUUUCCAACAAACGGGAGUUGAAUAUUUCAAUACGUACGGCGGGAACCCGGUCUCGUGCGCGGUGGCGAACGCGGUGAUGGACGUUCUGGAGAAAGAGCACCUGCGGGACCACGCGACCCAGGUGGGGAACCACUUCUUCAACUCCCUCUGUCAGCUCCAGGCCAAGCACCCCCUUAUCGGCGACGUCCGCGGGGUCGGACUCUUCAUCGGCAUCGAGCUCGUCCGGGACCGCGAGAAGAAAAUCCCCGCCACCGAGGAGGCCGAACACGUAGUCGCAAGGAUGAGAGAGGAGCACAUUUUGAUAAGUUCCGACGGGCCGGAUCGAAAUGUGCUGAAGCUGAAACCGCCGAUGGUUUUCACCGAACAAAACGCCGAUCUCACGAUUAAAGUUCUGGACCAAGUCCUCAACGAGAUAGCAUACCUAGAUUUCAACCACGAGUCCUCGGAGAAGAGGAGCAAAGCGGAUACAGAACGACCGGAGGAACUUUCCAGCCAAAUCAUAAAAACGUAGGUGGUUCAAGUGAUAUUAAUAUUAAGUAAUUUUAAGAGAUAAUUUUAGUUGCACAAGAUUCCAUGUAAGAACAUCUCAUGAAAGUGUAAGUACAAAUUAAGGGGAUUAAAUUCAUAGAAAUUAAGUCUGUACCUAGGUUUAAAUUAAAGUAUAUAUUUUUAAGGAGCAAAAAUAUCCUUUAAGAAACUGCUUGCUUGUUGUUCUACUCUUUUGUACUCUGAAUAAGUAUUUUAACUCUAACUAAAUUUGUGUAUUCUUUGAAAUCAUAGAAAGGUUGGUAUCUGAUACCUACCUCUUGCAUUUCUUCCUGCACUCCAGUCUUGAGGCAUUGUUCAAACACUGUGCCUACAGCGUUGCAAUGAAGCUUAUCAAAUAUUUUAAAAGCAUUGUGAUAGUAAGUUACAAAUUUUAUAGAUAGCUUAGUUUUUAAAUAAAUUUGUUAAAUUGUUUCACUAAGAGUUUCUUAAUUCGUCUUUCAUGGUCAUCUUCACUCAAUCUUUGAAAAUGAAAUUAUAGUUUUUU